GCUGCUGGCGUUUUGCAGCUGCCUGUCAACAAGAUGGCCUUCCCCAAUAGCUGCUCGAACACCAUCAAACUACAGCUGUUUCACGAAAGCACGAACAUCUCCGCUCAGACGCGCUGAAAUCGCCAUUUUCCGGUAUCGGGCCGGGCUUGACUCGGUCGGAACCUGGAGCUUCCAGAACUGUAAGAGGGGUCGGGACCCGAGUACUGUACCUGUACCUAAAGAGCCCGGAUAUUGUCAUUGGCCUCGCAGCUCGCAGGCGCCCCGGCCUGCUUUCAGUUCUGUCACUCUUUGUGUUUUUUAGAGGUUUUUAUUUGGAAUUAUUGGACUAUUUUGACAGUUAUCGACGUGGGAGAGCUGCUGGAAUAGAGACGAAUAGCAUCGCAUUGUUUUAAAGAUUAAAAUCGUUGGAGGGGGCUGUGGAUCUGAGAGUGAGAAUGAGUGGUGAAGUACAAAAAAACUGCCCUGCUUAGUGGCAGAUAUGCUUUUCGUGGGCUCACAAUGAACCGUGACACCUUUUCCCACAUUCGACUGUGGUGCCCACGUCCAUUCGGCACCUACUCUCAGAAUAAGCCAUACAGCAAUGGCACGAUCGGCGGAGGGACGACGUCCACCCUCUGUAAGGCCGAUGCCGCCGGCUGCACCACCAUAGAGGCGGACGGAGUAUGUGAGGAGCACAAUGAGGAUGUAGACACUGAGAACACCCCGCCUGCACCACCCUCCACCCUUCUGGUUCCUCCGCCUCCUGCACCGCCCUCCCCUUCAUCACAAAUGGAAGAUGGGAGGGUGUUGCUGGACACAUGGUAUGUGAUCAAACCAGGAAACACCAAGGAGAAAAUUGCCUUCUUUGUGGCUCACCAGUGCAGUGGUGCAGGUAUUCCGAGGCCUAGUGCCAUGAAGGUGAAGGGAAAUUGGGGCACUGACUGUACCAAGGCGAAACGUCGCCGCAGAUGCUCCUCUUAUGACCCCCCUGCGAGAGCACAGAAUGUUACCUCUGAAUUGCCUUCAGAGCCCAGCCCCACGGAGGACGGAAUCGGUGUGAGCGAGACCGACCUGCUCUCUGUUGCUGAGAUGGUGGCCCUUGUUGAACAGCGCACCGCAAUGGCCCUGCAAGGCAUCGUGUCUCAAGGACAGACGACUUCCACAAACACCAGCCACCAGCAGCAUACAGUCCUCCAGAAUUCGGUUUCAGAUCCCUCACCUGUUGUGUUCCUUUCAGAAACCACUCCAUCUGCACCAGCCUCAAAAAAUGACUUUGAACAGCAGCAGCAGGAGCCCAGACGAGUUGCUCAAGCUGUUGCACACUUUGAGUCUCAGCAGCAGAACAUCGACAGUACGAUACUGCGGCCUCAGAUCCACGGCGCCGGGAAAGAACGGGACUGUUCUGUUGACACCGGCGGCAGCGGCCAAAGCCAUGGUCGAGGUGAAGUCAGGAUCGCGUUUCGGGUGUCUAGUCUGGAUCCUCGCUCCCAGUCUGAGCCCGUUGGUCGUUCCAGAUGCAUGUUUAUGAGCUGCGGGGCUGGAGGAGGGCAGGCUGGAGCGAGGGCCAAAGAAAAGAUCACGUGUGACCUCUAUCAACUGGUUAGCCCUUCAUCUCGAGACCCAGGUGCCAUCCUGACUGGCUCACCAAAGUCCGAUUCCUUAGGAGAAGACAUCACCGAGCGGCCUCCCUCCACAACCCCCGACCCUAACCAGGAUCACUGCUCUGGAGAAAAGAAAGCCGUGGCCCGAGAGCGAGUGACCGGAUUCCAUGUCGAAGUUGUGGUCACCGGUGCUGUGGACCAGUGUGUCUUCUACGGUAAGGACAGCACAGAGAAUGUCCAGGAAGAGACUGUAUGCUUUGCGAUGCCUAGUGGGGCGAAACCAACUGAUGCUUCGGAAGACCCCCCACCCGGCCAGCUGUUCUUCUUACAGACCCCGAGUAGUGCUGAAGAGGAAAUCGGUACCGGGGUCUCUGGUGGAAUGUGCUCUUUGGAUUGUGCAAAUAACAACGGGCCAGUGGGAAGUGCGGUGGAGAGGCCGGACAGCCCGAUCGGCAGUGUGGAAGAUUGUGCGGAUAAAUCACUCUGCCGCCUCUACCGUCACGUCUCUCACGAUUUCUUGGAGAUACGUUUCCAGAUCCAGCGGCUCCUGGAGCCACGGCAGUACAUGCUCAUGCUUCCGGAGCACAUCAUGGUCAACAUCUUCAGCUACUUGCCCACCCGUUCUCUAGCAGCCCUUAAGUGCACCUGCCACGACUUCAAGGCCCUGAUCGAGACCUACGGUGUACGUGCCACAGAUUCCCGCUGGAACCAGGACCCACUGUACCGCGAUGACCCCUGCAAGCAGUGCAAGCGGCAGUAUGAGCGGGGGGACGUUUCGCUCUGCCGCUGGCACCCCAAACCUUACCACCACGACCUGCCUUACGGACGCUCGUAUUGGAUGUGCUGCCGGCGCACAGACAAAGACACGCCCGGCUGUAGAGUAGGACUGCACGACAACAACUGGGUACUGCCGUGCGACAUGGUUCAGGCCCGCGCCAAAAGAGACGAUGGGAGGUAAAGGCUGGAGAACGGGGAUUCUGGGUUUCUCCUCUCCUCGACUCUUAAGGCCUAAACCUCACGCCACUGUAAUAUUUAUGGUCGAGCUCGCCUCCCCCUCUCAGCUUGUUAACCUUGCUAUCAUGUCAGUAUCAGUUCUUAGCAGUGCACCGUACUUAAUUCUGACUCCCGUAAUUCGCAGACCAGCGCUCUCGUGUGAAUACAGAUGCUGAUUUGAAUGAGGUUACAGUCUGCUGCUGCAUGGGACUAGACCUUUACAUGUAUUCGUGAAUCGGUUAGAAAUUCUUCUGGCUUGGCAAUCUUUUUCUAAGACCAGCUCUGAAGCCGAGCUCUGAACCGAGUGUGCAGAAGCUGCGGGCUUUAGGCGCCGACUCGUCUCGUGAAAGUUUUUCAAUUCAAAUGUACUGAGGUGGGAUGUCAAAUUUUUUUUUUUUUGUUUAUUUUGUUCGUUUGCUGACCCUGGGGCAAAAAAGAGCAAAAUGAUGUCACUUUACAAUUACCUGAUGUCACUUUGUAAUCAACAGUUCUACUGUUUUGUGUGUUUGGUUUUGUGUUUGUGUGUGUGUGUGAGAGAGAAAGAGAGAGUUUUAUCUUUUAUUUCUUUUCCUUCCUUUGGUUUCUGAGGGCGUUUUUGAAACUGAAAGCAUUACUGAAGCAAGUCUUUGGCUGUGUUCACACAGCAGGUAAAAGUGGACCAAAUCCAAUGCUUUUCGUCACAUGUGGCAAAAUGAAAAAGCAUUCAAAAGACACACAAAUCUGAUUCAGACAACUGUGACUGUCUAAUUAGCCACAUCAAAAUUUACAAAAAUUACAUCAAGGAGAAGGAAAAAGAGGAAAAAGCAAGAGCUGUUAGGAGAAGAAAAAUGGGUGACAGUAAUGAGGGAGGGUUUUAGUAGCAGAAUAACAACCUCAAAUAUUUCGACUGAUGUCUCUGUUCAAAUAAUGUAAGGAUUGCAUCGCAACCGCCCUGUUUUUAAUUGUAAGUCCUAACUAGGUAUUAGACACAAUGCAAUGAACUUGAGCGCAGUUGUCAAAUCACAGGACAUGCAAUGUUUUUGUGCAAUGUCAAAUUACCUUUUUAAAGCUUUUUGCUGCUUAAUACAAAGAAAAAUAUGCACUGUUCAUAAUUUACAUGACAAUAUCUAACAGAUUACAGAUUAUAUCUACCCAAUACCGUUAUGUUACUCUAAUCAUUGAUGCACAGAUUGCAUUAUUAAUUUCAUGAAAUGCUGAGUCAUGUAAAGAUUUCUGCAAAGAUUUGUGUUAAUUCCUGUAUUAUUUUAAUAUAUAUAAGGCAGAAAUAUAAAACAUUGCACUUUUUUACAAUAUCAUGCAGCCCGAUUUUGACCAAAUCAAAGAAAAUAGAAAAAAAGGUAUGUGUGAACAAACUAAAUUGGUGAUAAAAUCAGAUUUGGUUCACUUUUUCCUUCCGUGAACGUAGCCAAUAUUUUUAGUCCAGUUUUCUUCCUCGCUGGCCAUUGGCUGGCUAGUAGAGGGCAGUAUUUUGCUUUCUGUGGGUGAAAGAACAACACCAAGUUCCAGCCUUAUCCCCAUUCAUUCUGCUCACAUCAAUCUGUACAGCUCUUUCAGACAAAAUCUAUUGUUAAUGCUGAUCCUUUGGUUUGGGAGACCGUUGUAGGUUUCACUGUCAGCUGAUGCUAUAGGGAAUUUUUGCCUCUAAAGUAAAUAAAAGUUAUUUAAAACUGGAA